ACCAUUUUCAACAACUUAUCUUCUCUCCCAGCUCUGAGAGAGAGCCUGGAGUCUCGAGGUGUGUUGGGUCAGCUGAAGGCUCGGAUCAGAGCUGAGGUGUUCAAUGCGCUCGACGAUCAGAGCGAGCCGCGUCCUGUGCUGUCGCACGACAACCUUCUAAUCAACGAGCUCAUCCGCGAGUACCUGGAAUUCAACAAGUAUCGAUACACAGCGUCUGUGUUGACAGCAGAAUCAGGUCAACCUGAGAUACCACUUGAAGAGUUCAUGGCGAAUGAGCUGAAAGUGGUGGAGGACCCCAGUUCCAGAUCUGUGCCUCUACUGUACGGAUUGCUAUCCCACUUCCUAAGCAGCAGUGGAGACAGUGGAGGGAAGCUAUUUCUCAGGGGCUCAGUGUAACAGUACAACUUUACGUCCAUCCCCUCGCGAACCAGGGACCCUCUGCACACAUCAACAACAGUCACCCUCGAAGCAUCGUUACCCAUCGCUCCACAAAAGCCGCGGCCCUUGCAGAGCAAGGGGAACUACUACUUCAAGGUCUCAGAGCAAGUGACGUAACCGAUUGAAACGCUAUUUAGCGCACACCGCUAACUAAGCUAGCCGUUUCACAUCCGUUACAUCAGCACCUGCUAAUAUGACCAGAGACCCUAACACACUCCCUGGUCCUGAGUCUUAACACAGGUGUGUCCUGUCUGUCACUCCAGAUUUCACUGGGACUGGGGGUGUUGAGCGACUUUUAUUUUAUUUUUAUUUUUUUUUGCAGUUGAUGUAAAGAAAGCCUUAGUAGUGUGUGUUAAUGUUGCCAAAACAGGUUCAAACCAACAGGUCUGAAUUUAAUUUCAUUUGGCCAAUUGUUUGUUCCCUGAGACUCUGUAAAUGUAGUCUGUUCUUCACUACUGCUAUGUCUGCAUAGCUGUACAUACUGUAGUCUGUUCUUCACUACUGCUAUGUCCGCAUAGCUGUACAUACUGUAGUCUGUUCUUCACUA